AAAAACCAUCAAUAAAAAAUAUAAUUACAACAAAAAAAAUAAAAAAAUUAUAAACAUAUAAAUUUAAAUUAAGAAAAACUAAUAUUGGAAAAACAAGAAGUUAAUUAAUGUAAAAGAAAAAAACCGACAAAUAAUAUUAUAAAUAAAAUAAAUUUAUAAGACACAAUCCGCGCGAAGCGCGGAAAAAAUCUCUAGUUCUUAUAAUAACAGAAAUAUAGAAUGUGUGUUUCACUUCACCUAUUACGUUUCUUUUGGUUAAAUGUUGUGAUUAGGUUUAUUAGCGAGUAUAGUUAAUGGGAUGACGACAUCGAGAUGACAUUUGAACAGUAAAAACUACAGUGAUAGUUAACAAAGGAGAAAGGAAUAUCUGAAGGCACAAGGAAUCUUCUUCCUCCAUUUUGAACUUUAAAAUAAAAAUAAAAAACAAUUUCGUAGUGUGAUCAAAUGCAUCCCCGUAAGCAAAUACAUAAAAUAAUAAGGAAUUUCGUACAAAUGUUCCUCUAUAAAUUCUUCACUACGCUAAACUACAACUUUCAUAAAUACACUACAGCACAAGGGAAAAUCAAAGGGUAGUAAAAGAAAUGAGGGCGACACCAAAAGCAGAAAUUUGGAAGUCACCAGUACCAUAUCUCUUUGGUGGUUUGUCUUUAGUUCUUUUGCUUAUAGCUCUAGCGUUAUUCUCAUUGGUCUGCAUACACAAAAAGUCUCAUUCUUCUUCUUCUAACAAUACCUAUCCUGUCGAGGAAGAAGAAGACGCCGGAGACAACGAAGCUAAGACAGUUAUGGGAGAAUACUUACCUAAGAUCGUCGUGAUUUUGGCCGGAGACGAUCAACCUACUUGUUUGGCCGUUCCGGUGAUUCCUACACUGUCUUCCAUUUAUCCUUGUAAAUGUGGCAAUGUUACUGUCGUCUUUCAACCUAACCAUUAACAUAUUUUCUCUUUUGCCAAACAAAAAGUAAAUCUCAACUUUUGUAGUAAUAAUCGGCUGUUUUGUAAGAGUCGACUAUUUGGUGGAUUUUAAUUAGUACUCCAUAAUUUAAGUUUGUCUAAUGCUUUUAUGUAUUGAGUUUAAUCUUGAAAGUAUAUCUAUAUAUAUUGGAAAAUGCAAAUAAUUUAUACGUGCCAAUUUUCUUUUAUGAAUAUUUUAGUCCUUGAUUCCUCGUACAGUUCAUCAGAAACACUGCUCAACAAUAAACGAUACUGGCUAGCAACGUUAGAAGCUACUAGGUUACAUAUCAUGGUUUAUUGGUAUCAGGUAAAGAAUUACAUAGUAAAUAACAUUAGUAAUGAUAAAGACAUGCUUGAAACUUUGAUGUGGGAUGUUGUUAUACAAGAUCAUAAGAAAAUAUAAACGAUGCAUCUUAUAACUUUCACAUUGACGCCGCGGUUUGAAAACGCAAUAAAUGGACGGUCCAAAAUGGAAAUUAAUACUUUUGCACUUCUGUGGCUCUCACGUUGUCGCCAUUCUUUUCUUCUGUGCACUUUAAUUAUGCUGUUAUGCAUAUAGUUUUCAAUAUUUAAUUAUGUGCUAUUGUUUUUUUUUUCUUUUGAAUAAAACCCCCAAAUUGAUGACUUUUAGAAGUUGUUUUUUCACCUCAGCGCAUGUUGUAUUUGUUGAAAUUAGAGCCACGUCAAUUAGAUAAGCAGAAGUGUUGUGAUGACUAUGGUGAAUGAAAGCGUCCCAACAACAUCAAUAGAAAACAUUAGUAUAGACCAAACAAUGCUUGUUAGUGACGAUAUCCAUUACAUCAGCUUUAGCAACACCACACCAGCAACACUUUUUUAGGUGCAACUUCAGUGUUGCAACAUCAGCAACAACAACUGGAACCACUUGCAACAUAAUUUGUUGUGACCGAACUUUACAAAAGAUACCAAGAUUCCAGGAGUACUUACAUCCACCCAAGAAACAUAUACUCUGAGAGGUUGAUUGUUUGUGGUUUUUGGAUUAGUUUUUGGUUUUUGUUUUUCCAAAAACCAUUUUGCAUCUAAUCAAGAUUUUAAAAUAAUAGAUUCACUAAAAUAUAGGGAAACUAGUUUUUGCAAAUAACUGAUUUCUUAACAUAAAAACCAAAAGCCAUCUUUUCAUAUUUUUUUCAUCUUACGUUAGUUUAAAAUUUUUUAAAUUUUUUUUUAAUUAUGUUUAUGCUUUAAUGUAACAAAACAAUAAAAAAUGAUAAUCACUAUGAACAAAUAAAGUUUAUUAAGAUUCAUUUGCUUACUAUUGGUACUAUUUAUUAAAAUCCAUGAUAUAUAUAUAUUUUUAGUAUUUUUUUAUUGUUUAAAGAAAUAAACUUCUAUUUUAAAAAAAAAAAUAUCAGACCAAAAAAUCAUUAAUUAAAUUUUGAAAAAA